CUCACCCUUCCUACCGCGUGCAAAGUGAUCCACAGGCCCAAAGCGGGGACUCGCUAGCCGGACAGCCGUUCGUGUGUUGUCAUCCAUCUCUCAGCCCUAGCAUCCGUCUCACCCAACAACCCCGCCGACGCUGCACGAAUCUUUCGACCACAUCGUCACACUCAGCCGCACGCCAGUCCACUUCACGACCUGACGUCUGUUAUCAUCUGAAUCUUCCCCGGAUCUGCACGCGCAAUUCCUCCUUGGGAACGUCUGAAAGAGCUACACCUUAGGCAUCGCUGGCUAAGAGCUACCUCGGUCCUUCACUCCGGCCCACGCGCCCAACCACCUACCUAGUUUCGACAUACACGCACAUCCACCGCCAUGUCAGGAUUCCCAGGACAGCAGUACCACAACAGCUACGGCCCGCCGCCCCAGCAGCAGUACUAUGGCGGGCCACCACAGCAAGGAUAUGGAACGCCACAGCAGGGCUACGGAGCGCCGCCACCACAGCAGGGUUACGGACAGCCACAGUACAACGGCGGCUAUCAAUCAACACCUCCUCCACAGCAGUAUGGGUACCAGCAGCCACCUCAACAGGGAUACGGCCAAUACGGCCAACAGGUCCCCCAACAAGGACCUCCCUCACACCAGCAGCGUCCCGGCAUGAUGCCCACAGCGACGAGCAACCAGUGGACACACGGCAACCACCAAGCGCCACCGCCACCACCCACCGGUGCACAGAACUUCGGCCACGGUGCGCCCAACGGCUACUCCUUCAAGUACUCGGCGUGCAACGGGCGACGGAAAGCGCUGCUGAUCGGUAUCAACUAUUUUGGCCAGCGAGGGCAGCUUCGCGGUUGCAUCAACGAUGUCAAGAACAUGAGCACGUACCUGAACGAGUUCUUUGGGUACAAGAGGGAGGAUAUGGUGACGCUCACAGACGAUCAGCAGAACCCCAUGAGCCAGCCUACAAAAGCGAAUAUUCUCAGGGCGAUGCAUUGGCUGGUCAAGGACGCGAGGCCGAACGAUUCGCUGUUCUUCCACUACUCAGGCCACGGCGGCCAAACCAAAGACCUCGACGGCGACGAAGACGACGGCUACGACGAAGUAAUCUACCCCGUCGACUUCCGCACUGCCGGCCACAUCGUCGACGACGAGAUGCACCGCAUCAUGGUGUCCACCCUCCAGCCCGGCGUCCGCCUAACCGCCAUCUUCGACUCGUGCCACUCCGGCUCCGCUCUCGACCUACCAUACAUCUACAGCACCCAAGGUGUGCUCAAGGAGCCCAACCUGGCGAAGGAGGCUGGCCAGGGCCUGCUCGGUAUCGUUUCGUCUUACGCGAGGAACGACAUCGGCGGCAUGCUAUCCACCGCGUCCUCGCUCUUCAAAAAAGUAACACAAGGCGACGACGUGUACAAGAAGAACCUGCGCACCAAGACAUCCCCGGCAGACGUGAUCAUGUGGUCCGGCUCCAAAGACCAACAAACCUCCGCCGACGCAAGUAUCGGGGGCGAGGCCACGGGCGCCAUGAGCUGGGCGUUCAUCACCGCGUUGAGGAAGAAUCCGAAUCAGAGCUAUGUCCAGCUGCUGAAUAGUAUACGCGAUGAGCUCGAGGGCAAGUAUCAGCAGAAACCCCAGCUGAGCUGUAGUCAUCCGUUGAACACGGAUCUUUUGUAUGUGAUGUAGAGUCUGGAGAGGGAA